AUGUCCACAGAAGAGCAAUUGGGUGCCAAAACUCGCAUUGGGAAAUGCACAAUCCUAUUUUCCGGCAACAGCGCCUGGGAACGUGCACUUCGCACUCACGAACGCCACGACCGGGAACACGGGUACCGUUUCCAUGUCCUUCGCCAGCAGAUCCUCGACGACGUCUGGUCCAAGCCCGCCUACAUUCUCAGCCUCCUUCUUCGAGAACUCGCAAAGCCCGAGAGUGAACGACUGGAAUGGCUCAUGUGGGUAGACGCAGACACCGUACUCCUCAACCCGUACAUACCCAUCGAUGUGUUCCUACCGCCGCUAGGUGGCGAGUUUGACGAUAUCCAUCUCGUCUACUCCAAUGACUGGAACGGCCUCAACAAUGGCGUAUUUCCCGUCCGUGUCAAUCAAUGGGCUGUCCAGCUCUUCUCGGCAAUCGUAUCAUUCCGCCACUAUCUUCCCGACGAGCCUCUAGUCUUUCGAGAUCAAUCCGCCAUGGACACCCUCUUGCACGACCCAGCGUUCGCUCCCCACAUCGUCCAAGCUCCUCAGCGAUGGUUCAACGCGUACCAAGGCGAACACAACGAGACUCUCGCACCAUUCCAGCUCCGUCGCGGAGACUUUCUCGUGCAUUUUGCCGGCGUGCCCAACCGUGAAGAACGCAUGGUGCACUGGCUGAAUCGUGCCGAGCAGCAUUUGGACGACUGGGAAGUCCCCCUCAAGUCAACUUCGUACUUGCAAGAAGCUCGAGAUUUCUGGGCAGAA